AAGUAAUAUUGUAAAUUGCCACGGUAACACCGUUGAACAGAAAAAUAUAUUUAAUUUUUUGUUUUCUUUUGCCUAUAUUUAUUAUCGUUGAACUUGAAGUAAUGCCAGUUGCUUUGCGCAAGAUACGCCGAGAGACCAGUGAAGUCAGCUGUUGCCUUAAGUACCUUCUUUUCGCCAGCAAUGUGUUUCUGUGGCUUUCGGCUUUGCUGGUCUUGUCAGUUGGAAUCUGGGCAUGGAGUCAGAAGGACACAUUUCGGAACAUAACUCGGUUGCACUUCAUCGCCUUAGACCCUGCCUUUGUCCUGAUCUUCCUGGGCGGCGUAACCUUUUUGCUGGGCCUUAUGGGCAGCGUGGGGGCCUUGCGCGAAAACACUUGUCUUUUAGCAGCGUACGCGAUCUUUCUCUGUGUCAUGCUUAUCGCAGAGAUCUGCUUCUGUACUGUGGGCUUCGUCCUGAAGGACAAAGGAUGGAUAAAGAACCAGGCCACCGAGGGCUUAAAGGCCUUUAUCCGUCACUAUCGAGAGGACGCUGACCAACAGAAUCUUAUUGACUGGAUACAGGAGGACUGGUUACAAUGUUGCGGCAUUGAGGGGCCGAAAGACUGGGACAGCAACAACUACUUUAACUGGUCGUCUAUCGUUAUUGGCAGUAGAGAGGCGUGUGGGGUACCCUUUUCUGAACUGAUUAAAAACAAACAAUGCGGCUACGAUGUGCGCAAGGAUGGAUACGGCAUGGAGCUGUCAAAAAUUAUAUAUGAAAAGGGCUGUGUUCAAGCUGGCGAAGAAUGGAUGGAACACAAUUUAAUUAUUAUUUCCACUACUGUUAUUGCUGUGAUGUUUUUCCAGAUCCUAGGAAUAUGCUUUGCUCAGAACUUACGCGCCGAUGUGUAUAAUCGAAAGUCAAAGUGGAUCUGACAAAUGGCUCUUGCUCCCCCAAACGCUAUUUAGGAAGGCAGACAACUCGACAAAGGAUUGGGGAACUUCGAGGAUAACCUUAAUUGAAAAAAUAUAAAAAGGCAUAGAUAAAACAAAAAAUGUAUCUUAAUAUGCAACUGUGAUAUUUAAAAAAUAAAUGUAUAAAAACUACGAAAUUAUAACCAAAACAAUGUGUAAACACAUAUUUAUUUUUAUAAGCCAAAAUAUCUUUUUGUGUCGAAAUAUCAAAAUCGCAGAACGAAAUUCUAUUUUUACUGGUUAAUAGUUUUAAAAAAUAUAUAUUUUUAAAUUUA